AUGACACGUGCAGGUUCAACCGAAAACCGGUGUCUGGAAAAAGAUGCACUUAUUUGUGGUGCAUAUUGUCCAUCUUCUGUGGCUACUCCUGGAUUUUGGACUGAGGAUGAAGGAGAGGUUAACGUGCACAAACGCUCGGCAUCAUGGGGCAGCGCUGACCAUCUCAUAGAGAUUGCAAAACUCCGUCAGCAGCUCCAGCGCAGUUUGCAGGGCAGCCGCAGUAUCAAGGAGAAAGAAGAAGUGAUGCAUCUGAAUCCGGCCCAGCCAAAGCGGCUCUCUGCUUCUUCAUCUGAUAUGGUCCGUUCCAGACCCGUCAUUUGUCGAAUGCCCAGCUAUAGUGACUGUGUUAACCAGGAGCUGGAGAACGUCUUCAUCUGUGAAGACUGGGGGAGAGAGGAGGAGAAGGCUUUGGAGGUGCGGGACGGCGGCCGUGCUCCUGUUCCUCCUCUUCAUGAUCACACACACAUCUCCUGCAGUCCCUGUUACUGCUGCUCUCCUGCCGCCCACGCUGAGAAAGAUUACAGGUGUGGUUCACCUCUGCCUCAGUUUUCCAGCUCUCCCAAACCCAACAACAGUUACACCUUUAAACGUGAGCCUCCUGAGGGCUGCGAGAAAGUCAAAGUGUUUGAAGAUCUCAUCACUUGUAGGACACCAGGCUUUCCCAUCUUCUCCUGCCCAGACAGAAACAAGGUGAACUUCACUCCGAGCGGCUCGGCCUUCUGUCCAGUGAAGCUGCUGUGCUCCUCUCUUUUCCCGUCAGAUGCUGCUGCUCGCCCCAGCUCAGGACAGACGUCUGGUUCAUUUGCAGAGCUGCGGCCUGUGUCGUCUGAACACUGCAGUAUUAGGAAGUGCCUGCUGCUCAGUUAGCCAAUCACAGCUCAGAUCUCAAACAGCUGACUUUUCUAGGAAAUUUCGUACUUGCUAAUGGUUGUACAAAAGGACCAUUAUGUUGAACUUUGUUUUGGGGUUUCAUGUAAUUCUGCUGGAAUACACAAAUCUUUACUUAACCUUGCAGCACAUCCUACUAACCAGGUAAAACACAUUAGAUAUGACAGAUAAUCAACGGCCAAAAAUGUGCUUCAUGCCUUAACACAUAACUCAGGUUUAACUUCCAUUAGGGCUGGACGAUAUAGCUAAUUAUGUUUCAAUAUUUUGUCGUUUGAUGAUAUAUAUUUUUUUCCUGUAGGAGAAACAUCAUUUCACCCCAACAGUCAUUGUAUUGCCAGCAAAAUGAUUGCGAAUAUAUUGUGCAUAUUCAAUAUGCUGCCCAGCCCUAACGUUCAUACGUUUACAAACAGAACAGUAAAAAUGGCUUUGUGUUUUUAGCCUAUUAUUCAUGUGACACUGUUAUUGUGUAUAAAUAUGACU